AAUCGUCAAAAUGUCAGUCAGAUAAAGUCAGAUUAGAAAUCAGCUGCAACAGCUGAUUAUAACCUCAAUUAUUUUUAUUAAAUUUCGUAAAAUUUACUAAAAUUAUGGAGAGACUUACAAAUUUAAAAAUAGUCAUUAGAACAAAUUGGAAAAAGUCCGUUGUGGGAGCCAUUGCCUUCUGUUAUGGCGCUAUGAAAGCAAAAGAGAAAUACGAUAUCAACUUACUAAUGCGCGCAGCAUGCAGGGAGGCCUCAAAAUAUGGCGACGGCCCUAUACCGAUGGAACAGAACCCAACCCAUGUAACUGUCAUAUUGAAUCCUGUUGCAAACAAAAGGAACGCUAAGCAAGACUUUGAGAAGUACUGCGAACCACUCCUGCAUUUAGCUGGGUUGCAAGUGGAUGUUAUACAGACGUCCAGUGAAGGGAACGCUAAGGAGCUGGUAGAGACUCUGCGAGGAACACAGGCGAUUGUUGUGGCUGGAGGAGAUGGCACAGUUUCCGAAACUGUUACAGGCCUACUACGAAGGAAUGAUGAAGCAAAUCGUUUUCCACUUGGCAUAUUACCUCUGGGACGUACAAAUACCAUAGGGAACCUCCUAUUUGAACCAGGAGUUGGCGUGCUUAGAGUUAAGCAACUAAUUGAAGCCUCUAUGGCUAUCAUAAAAGGUAGUACAGUGUGGAAGGAUGCCAUGAAAAUAGAACCCAUUGAGGAAGAAGACGAAGAGUCACUAAAGAAGCCGAUAUACGCAUUGUGUGCAGUAGAAUGGGGAGCUUUCAGAGAUGUCUCAGCAAAGAAACACAAAUACUGGCUGUACGGAUCACUGAGAGAAUAUGCAUCGUACAUCUUUAAUGGUUACAGACAAUCUCUUAACUGGCACUGUAAAGGUACAAUCAAGUACAGUCCACCCUGCGAUGGAUGCAGCAAUUGUGUGCAGAAGCGGCCGCAAAUAAAGAGAAAAUGGGCCUUCUUUAUGCCCACCACGUCUUACGCACAAACCAAUGAUCCUUCAAAUAUAGUGAACAGCCAGUGUGACUCUGCCAAAGAGAUUUGCUUCCAAACCAGUGAUUUCAGGAUUGUGACACCUAAUUUACAGAAUACUCAGAGCACGCCUGCUUUGAGCAUAGGUAUUGGGAAAUAUAAUUAUAAAUACACUGAAUUUGUGUCUGAAGGUUGGGCUAGAGUGCGCGACAAUAGAAUCAAAGAUGCGAUUUUGGCCAGGAGUGUGGUGUUAUACCCCAAGGAGCACUUCGGAGCAACAGUCAUUGAUAUUGAUAGGGAAGAGUAUGAAGCCAAGCCAAUCAAAGUUACCCUAUUGCCGAAAGUUGUGAAAUUGUUCUGUAAACACUAUGAUAAAUGAAAUACACGCUAUUUGAUAUAGUGGCUACCUCAUAUGCUUUUAUGUUGUAAAUUGGUUAGAGACGAGAUGAGAAUAUAGGCAGGGCUGCUGGAUUAUGUACAUUUUAUAUUAUUUUUUAUGUAUCAUAAUUUUACCACAACUACAGGUUAAAAUUUCAAAAUUAUAGUGUUAGUGUUGCUUCUGAAUGUUUAGCUAUAAAGCAGGCCAAUUAUUUCAGAUAAUAUGACACAAUGUCUUUCGUAAUCAGACGAUUAUUUGCAUAAGCUUUUAGUAUCAAACACCAGAUCUAAUAGAUUGCAUUUUAUCUCGUAAAUAUAUUGAAAUAAAUUAUGAUAAGUACAAAAACGAAUAUGUUAAAUUAUGAAUUGACUUUAAUAAAAAGUAACUAUGAUAAAAAUUA